AAUCUCGACAAGACCUGGAUGGCAAAUGAUCAACAGUGUCUCUGAGAUAGGGAAAACAGGCUUCCCAGUAACACAGACAAAUACUGAUUCUGUAGGGUUGAAAUGAAAGGGAGAGAAUACCUUUGCUGAAAGAUGAGAGCUGCACAGGCCUUUUGUUUGUUUGUAUGCUUCAUUAUAAUUGACUGGUUGAAGAUUCGGUCCGAGUCCAGGCUGGCACCCCAUGGUCCAAAAUCUGUGGAGAUGGUUGGCCCACGAGCUGCAUGUAUGGAGAAGAAAUGGCCAAUUUGCACUGCUGAUCAUUGGGGGGCUAUGUGUCCAUCUGGGUGCAGAAUGCAAGGAUUAAUACAUGUUCAGCAUCAACAAAACGAUGAGCGGGUACAAGGGAUCCAACAGAUGCUGGAGAACUAUUCCAAAAUGUCGGGGAAUACUCACGUUACUGUCAAUGAAGCAGUCGACAGAAUCAGACAGUCUCUGAACAGACUUGGAAAGUUUGGAGACACUUACUAUCGGCUGGUGGAUCAAGUGAAUUCCAGAUUGACCAACUUGCAAAACAGAAUUAAUUAUCAAAUUGUCAAAUUAAGGCUCUUACAGAAGAGCAUACUUGAACAAUUUAGAAGCAUCACCAGACUUGAGGUUGACAUUGGUAUCAAGCUCCAGUCUUGCAAAGGAUCUUGCGCUCAAUCAGUUGUUUACAAUAUCAACAAUGAACAGAAUGCACAAAUGGAGAAAUCUCUUAAUUCAAUGGCUGGCCGAAGGCUUGAACAAAUCGUAUAUAACAAGCCAGUACAUAAGCUGAGUAUCGUGAAGAAAGCUAACGCAGUAACUGGCUUCAAGUCUGCAUCUGACAUUAGUCUGAAAUGUCCAAAAUUCUGGGAAGAAAUAGACAUGGGGCUGUUUGGUUUAGAUAAUGAUAUCCCAGACGAAGGUUCUUCCAUCUUCUUGGCCACCGAUACCGGAUCUACAAGCAAAGCUACGGAUGUUCACACAGAUAACAUAACGAGUGGUGAUGUAUCCAGCACUCCUGGUGGAAUGAAUAGCACGAGAAGGGAAAAUACACUCUUAAGCCAUGGGAUAAAUAGUACAAGAAACGCUGAUACACCCUUGACUCAUACUGAGGCAGAAACCAGCAAUGUGGCAUUAAAUAUGACAAAAUACUCAAUCAAAGGAACUUUUUCAGAGAGCUCCCAUGACGCAAGAAUAUAUCCCUCCACAAGCGGUUCUCAAUCAGUUGUGAAACAGAACUUCAGCAAAAAUGCCAACUUUGAAACAGGUUAUACAUUUACAGAGCCAUUACUCAGUUUAGAACAAAUAGGCCAAGAGGCAAUAACAUUGCCACAAGACAGGAAAGGUUUUCCUGAUAAUUCAACGUUUACAGACACUGGUAGCUCGGAGGAAUUUAGUGAUUAUUCAGAUUUAAGGAAUGUUGACGACUCUUAUGUAAUCAACUCCAAUGAACCUGUCAUCCCCUCAACCAAAGAGGUGACAGAAUUCAAAGACCACGCAUUGAACAUAGAAUCCCAUAACAGUUUCUUCCAGUACGCAGAAGAUUCUAAUACCAUGCACCCUUCUAUCAAUGGAAGCUUAUUCUCAAACGAUGAAAUCACAGAUUAUGUUCCUGGUGAACAUAUUCACAAUCUUAGCAUGGAAAAAGUGCAUAAGAUUAAGAACUACAUUGGAAAAGAUUGUAAUGAUAUCAUGCAAAAGCAUGCAGAGGGCGGUGAGGAUGGUUUGUUUAAGAUAAUGCCCAGUGGCUGUGUUGAUGCAAUAACGGUGUACUGUGAUCAGAGUACUGGCGUCGGUGGUUGGAUGUUGGUUCAGCAGCGCAUGGAUGAAACAGUCAACUUCAACCAGUCGUGGGACAAGUACAAAAGGGGAUUUGGUCGCCUGGAUGAUGAAGGCCGAGGGAAUAUCUGGCUGGGAAAUGAUGUCCUUCACCUACUCACGGCAAAGGAAACCUCCCUUCGGAUUGAGCUGGAGGACUGGUCUGGAAACAGGACGUACGCUGAGUAUAUCGUCAACGUAGGUUCUGAAUCAGAAAACUACACGUUGAACAUCACAAGUUACACUGGGAAUGCAGGGGAUGCUUUAAUAAGUGGCUUAUUUAUGGAUACUGCAUACACCUCCCAUGCAAACAUGAAAUUCAGUACUUUUGACAGAGACAAUGAUAACUGGGAGGAGAACUGUGCACAGUUUUAUGGCGGUGGUUGGUGGUAUAAUAACUGCCAGGCCGCUAAUCUAAAUGGGAUUUAUUACCAUGGUGGGCCUUAUGAUCCUCGCGAUAAUGUGCCAUACGAGAUAGAAAAUGGCGUCAUCUGGGAUCCUUUUAAGGGUAUAGACUAUUCUCUUAAAGUGGUGAAGAUGAAAAUUCGACCAAUUACUUCAGUUUAGGCAGAGUUUCUGUUCAUAUUGGUAUAAAUGUUGUGACAAAUAUUAUGCUUGUCGUGGCUUCAACAUAAAUCUACCUCUUUGAUAAAUUUGUUUUGUAAUGCCUCAAUCCUUGCGAAAAACUGUUGGAGAUUUCCAAAAGAUAUUGAACAAAUAGGUGAUGAUCAUGUUUCAUGUAAUCGUCAAUCACGAGCAAAAAUCAUCCUCAUAUAUUCAUUUUUCAUUCAAUUGUGUAUAACUAAAUAAAAAUGAAAGUGAAAUUAUG